GUGGGUGUGAGCGCACGCAUGUGUGUUGCUCAGCUAUGCUGACGUUGGCGAGUAAGCUGAAGAGGGAGGAAGGAGUGAGAGCAGGCGGAAGCCCUGCAGGCUCCCACGAUGCCUCACACAGAGUGUCCAUCAGAGACCGGUUGCUCAUUAAAGAGGUGGCAGAGCUGGAGGCCAACCUUCCUAACACCUGUAAAGUCACGUUUCACGAUGUGAACAAGCUCCACCACUUUCAGCUUGCCAUUACUCCAGAUGAAGGCUACUACCAAGGUGGAAAGUUUCAGUUUGAAAUCGAAGUCCCUGAAGCCUAUAAUAUGGUGCCUCCUAAAGUUAAGUGCUUGACAAGAAUAUGGCAUCCAAACAUUGCAGAAACGGGGGAGAUCUGUCUGAGCUUACUGCGAGAGCAUUCAAUCGAUGGCACGGGGUGGGCACCAACGCGCACGCUAAAGGAUGUGGUGUGGGGAUUGAAUUCACUGUUCACUGAUCUUCUGAACUUUGAUGACCCACUGAACAUAGACGCUGCAGAGCAUCACUUACGGGACAAGGAUGACUUCAGGAGCAAAGUGCAGGACUUCAUUAAAAACUAUGCAAGAUGAUGUCUCGGUCAGCUGCGCUAGCCGCUCAUGCACGCCCGCGACUUUCGCAGCCGAACGCCCACCCACGAGCCCUGAGCGCCGCAGAGACAAAAUCCCGAAACAUUUCCAAACACGAAGAGAGCGAAACGUUCCGUGGCUUGAAUCGCAGGCUCUUGCUUGAAGGUUUGGGAGUGGGAUUGGUGGGCUUGUCUUUUAAUUUUGUUUUUGUUUUUUUUUGUUUUUUUUGUUGUUUUUUUCUUGCUCAGGGCUGUUUUGCAGAAGCCCACAAUCUCUCGUAAAGCUGGUUCUGCUUUAUCCAGUUUGCUUUGCCAGCUAAUGAAAACAAAGAGAAAUGCGCAAUUAAUAAAGAAAUCAGUUAAUAAAGGAUUAAAGGUAAAUUAUUCACAGCAACGAUAAGACACACGCUCUCUGAUGUCACCUCACGUGCUAGUGCCUCUGUGACCUUACGCUGACUGCAGCAGCCUGCAAGCUCCCGCAUUCAUCUGACUUUGUACCUGAUAUCCCUCAGACCCCAACACGUCGCAGGAAAUGCACCAAUCGCACACAAGGAGAGGAGGCUCCCGAUGCUCGCUUAGCCAAUACGUGCUCUGCAGGAUAUGAAUAUCUAUAUAUAAAUAUUUUUUUUUCUCGGUGGAGUUUCUGUGAGUUUUACGAAGCCGCUUGUUCCGUUGCUGUCCGUAUUUUCGCAGGUGCCUCUGACCGAAUAAAGAGACUCUUGUAACCGUUUCUGAUGAAAAACUUCGACUUCCUCGCACUCCUGAAUGCGUUUUAUUCCCGUCUGUAUGAGUAUACACGUUCAGCUUUGCAGAUGUGUGCAUGUUCAAGCGUAUGCAAGCGAACACUGGGACACCAGCACUGUGUAUGUGUGAAACAGAGACAGAACGUCUGAUUUGGUAGCAUGCACUGGGCUACUGGACCACUCAGCCAUAAGCCUACGAAGCUAGUGAGAAUUUACUUUAUUUAAUUUCUUUUCUCCCCUUCCCCCUUUCCUUUCCUUAGAGUUGUAUAUCCAUUUGUAAAGUAUAUUAAAGAUGGAUUCUACUGA